AUGCAUUUCCGUCCAGUUGUCUGCAUUGGGACUCUAUUCGCACUCGCGACUGCUCACAGAGCUAUCCCCGAUGUGACCAUAAAAAACUCGACCACAUCCAUGUACCAGCUCAGCAGCGACCCAGAGUUCGCCUUUGUCUUGGAAACUUUCCUCUCCCUUAGCAACGGUGGCGGGGCAGCCACUGGGGAAAUCCUUCGUGCCGCCUCACAGAUCCGCCCCGGUGACUUCGAAAGUUUCUACUCGGAGUUCAAGUUCCUUGCGGACGAAAUCGCCGAACAGGCUGCUUCUGCCAACCCACAGAGAUUUCCCGUCUCUGCGCGCCAGGCUCAUCUGCGUGCUGCAUCAUACUAUCGCGCCGCUGACUUCUUCCUGCACGGCAACGCUUCUGACCCUCGAAUCCUCACCCUCUGGUCUUCCAUGCUCGAGAACUAUGAUACUGCAAUGAAGCUGCUGCCGAACCCUCCGGAGAAGGUCGCGCUCGACGGCGGACAGUUUAACAUUCCCGUCUAUUUCCACCCAGCGCCGAGACAGGGUCAUUCCAACAGGACUAAUGGCAAGGAUAGCCGACGUCCUACCGUGCUUAUCGGCAGCGGGUAUGAUGGAGCCCAGCAGGACGUUUAUCAUUCCAUAGGCCACGAAGUCCUUGCGCGUGGGUGGAAUUUUGUCACCUACGAGGGGCCUGGUCAAGUAACUGUACGUCGUGAACAAAACAUCGGCUUCAUCCCAGAGUGGUGGCAGGCUGUGACUCCCGUAGUGGAAUGGCUGAGAGCUCGAGAUGAUGUCGACGUCAACCGGAUCGCACUUGGGGGCAUUUCGUUUGGGGGCCAGUUAGCCCCAUUGGCAGCAAGUCGCGAGAACCGUCUUGCUGCCGUUAUAGUCAUGGAUGGAAUGCUGAGUCUUCAGGCAGCGACUUUGCAGAAAUUUCCAACUGAGCUAGUCGAGUUGUAUAAGAGUGGGAAUGCAACUGCAUUUGAUGCAGCAAUGUGGGAAGGGUACAACCAACCCGAUACCCUCACGGAAUUCAAGUGGGGGCUUGAUCAGGGGCUAUGGUCAUUCAACACCUCCAGCCCUUUUGAGUGGCUGAACAAAAUGGGUCAGAUGACCGUUACCCAUGAGAUGCUGGAUAACAUUACGUGUCCAGUUUUUGUUGCCUCAGGCCAGGAUGAUGGUCUUGCACCAGGCCAGCCAGAGAUGAUGGCUCGCAUGCUUGGUGAUAAGGCAUAUUACCAUCUGUUCAAGACAAAGUUCGGAGCAGGAGAUCACUGCUCUAUGGGGGCUGAGCCACAGCUGGCAAUGGCGACCCUGGACUGGCUCGCUGAUGUUUUUGAGAAUUCGAUAUAG